AUGUACCUACCGUUCUUUCUGAUCACUCUCUUUUUAAGUGGAUCCUUGGGGAUCUCAAUCCUUCGGCGACCGGAAUAUCAGACGGAUGACUAUUACACCUACGAGGAAAUCCAGGAGUACUUAAAAGGCUUGGAAAAAAGCUUUAGUAAGCGAGUGAGGUUGACAGACAUUGGAAGGUCCUACGAGAAUCGAAAGCUGACCACAAUUACCAUCACAAAUGGAGAUGGUCGCAAGGACAAGAAUGCAAUCUUCAUAGAUGCAGGAAUUCAUGCCAGGGAGUGGCUCACCCACACAACCGCCUUAAAUGUUAUUAACGAACUGGUGGUGAAUUUCGAAAAGAACAAGGAACUCCUCAAAGAAUACGACUGGAUUAUCCUUCCCCUGCUGAACCCGGACGGAUACACAUAUACCCGAUCUGGAAAGAAGUUUACAAAUGAAACUAUCGAUUGCAAUGAGGACCAAGGUGUUAAGUGCUGGAGGAAGAAUAGACAACCCAAUGACGGAAAUUGCAUUGGCACCGAUCUCAAUCGAAAUUUCGCAAAAGGUUGGAGCAAAGGAGAUGCCUCAACUGAUCCUUGCUAUUUACUUUUUAUGGGUACUUCCCCAUUCUCGGCUCCGGAAUCCAAGGCAGUUGGAAAAGAAAUUUUAAAUUUGGCAAACUCCAAAAGAGGCAUAAUGUACAUAACUUUUCAUUCUGCAGCAGGCAAAAUCCUUUAUCCAUGGAAUUUCAAUUUAAUCGAUUCUGAAAACGUCGAGGAACUUAAAGAAGUAGGCCGAGCUGCAGUGGAUGCCAUAGCCAACAUUAAUUUUAUGGUUUCAACAAAUUACUCACUGAUUCGUGGGCAUGAUUUGUUUCCAAAUCAAAUUGUGCUGUCCGGUGGAACGUCAAUCGACUAUGCCUAUGAAGUUGGCUUUCCGCUAUCUUAUACCUGGGAACUUCCGGCUAAAAGACGCGAUUUAAAAUUUGAGUUCCAUCCACCAACGGAUCUCAUAAAGGAACUUGUGGAAGAAACUUGGAUUGGUCUGCGCGCGAUGGCCAAGAAAGUAAUCCAACUGUAUCCAGUUAAACUGCAAAACCCUUUAAAAAGGGAUCCCUUCUCUCGGCAAGCUAACAAAAUGUACCUACCGUUCUUUCUGAUCACUCUCUUUUUAAGUGGAUCCUUGGGGAUCUCAAUCCUUCGGCGACCGGAAUAUCAGACGGAUGACUAUUACACCUACGAGGAAAUCCAGGAGUACUUAAAAGGCUUGGAAAAAAGCUUUAGUAAGCGAGUGAGGUUGACAGACAUUGGAAGGUCCUACGAGAAUCGAAAGCUGACCACAAUUACCAUCACAAAUGGAGAUGGUCGCAAGGACAAGAAUGCAAUCUUCAUAGAUGCAGGAAUUCAUGCCAGGGAGUGGCUCACCCACACAACCGCCUUAAAUGUUAUUAACGAACUGGUGGUGAAUUUCGAAAAGAACAAGGAACUCCUCAAAGAAUACGACUGGAUUAUCCUUCCCCUGCUGAACCCGGACGGAUACACAUAUACCCGAUCUGGAAAGAAGUUUACAAAUGAAACUAUCGAUUGCAAUGAGGACCAAGGUGUUAAGUGCUGGAGGAAGAAUAGACAACCCAAUGACGGAAAUUGCAUUGGCACCGAUCUCAAUCGAAAUUUCGCAAAAGGUUGGAGCAAAGGAGAUGCCUCAAAUGAUCCUUGCUAUUUACUUUUUAUGGGUACUUCCCCAUUCUCGGCUCCGGAAUCCAAGGCAGUUGGAAAAGAAAUUUUAAGCCUAGCAAAUUCCAGACGAGGCAUAAUGUACCUAUCUUAUCAUUCCGCAAUAGGCAAAAUCCUGUAUCCAUGCGAUUUCGCUGUAAUCGAUGCUGAAAACGUCGAGGAACAUAUAGAAGUGGCCCAAGCUGCAGUGGAUGCCAUAGCAAACAUUAAUUUUACGGUAUCAUCAAAUUACUCAGUGGUUCCUGGAUAUAAAUUAUUUUCGGAUCGAAUUGAGCUGUCCGGUGGAACUUCAAGUGACUUCGCCUAUGAAGUUGGCUUUCCGCUAUCUUAUACCUGGGAACUUCCGGAUAAAAGAGGCGAUUUGAAAUUUGUGUUCCAUCCACCAACGCAUAUCAUAAAGGAACUUGUGGAAGAAACUUGGAUUGGCCUGCGCGCGAUGGCCAAGAAAAUAACACCUGUAGUGCAAAACCCUUUAAAAAGGGAUCCCUUCUCUCGGCAAGCUAACAAAAUGUACCUACCGUUCUUUCUGAUCACUCUCUUUUUAAGUGGAUCCUUGGGGAUCUCAAUCCUUCGGCGACCGGAAUAUCAGACGGAUGACUAUUACACCUACGAGGAAAUCCAGGAGUACUUAAAAGGCUUGGAAAAAAGCUUUAGUAAGCGAGUGAGGUUGACAGACAUUGGAAGGUCCUACGAGAAUCGAAAGCUGACCACAAUUACCAUCACAAAUGGAGAUGGUCGCAAGGACAAGAAUGCAAUCUUCAUAGAUGCAGGAAUUCAUGCCAGGGAGUGGCUCACCCACACAACCGCCUUAAAUGUUAUUAACGAACUGGUGGUGAAUUUCGAAGAGAACAAGGAACUCCUCAAGGAAUACGACUGGAUUGUCCUUCCUCUGCUGAAUCCGGAUGGCUAUACAUAUACCAGAUCCGGAGAGAAGUUUACAAAUGAAACUAUCGAUUGCAUAUCGGACCAAGGUGUUAAGUGCUGGAGGAAGAAUAGAAAACCCAAUGACGAAGUUUGCAUUGGCACCGAUCUCAAUCGAAAUUUCGCAAAAGGUUGGAGCAUAGGAGAAGUCUCAAAUAAUCCUUGCCAUUUAACUUUUAUGGGUACUUCACCAUUCUCGUCUCCGGAAUCCAAGGCAGUUGGAAAAGAAAUUUUAAAUUUGGCAAGCUCAAAAAGAGGCAUAAUGUACAUAACUUUUCAUUCUGCAGCAGGCAAAAUCCUUUAUCCAUGGGGUUUCGAUAGUAACGUUCCAGAAAACGUCGGAGAACAUAUAGAAGUAGGCCGAGCUGCAGUGGAUGCCAUAGCCAAAAGUAAUUUUAAGUUACCAUCAAAUUACUCAGUGGUUCCUUCACACGAAUUGUUUUCGGGUCGAAUUGUGCUGUCCGGUGGAAAGUCAAUCGACUAUGCCUAUGAAGUUGGCUUUCCGCUAUCUUAUACCUGGGAACUUCCGGAUUCAAGAGGCGAUUUGGAAUUUGUGUUCCAUCCACCAACGGAUCUCAUAAAGGAACUUGUGGAAGAAACUUGGAUUGGUCUGCGCGCGAUGGCAAAGAAAGUAAUCCAACUGUAUCCAGUUCAACGUAGCUAACAAAUGCAUUUCUUUUUAGCUCACAAUUUUUUAGCUCUUUAACUUGGAAUAAAUAAAUAAAAAUACUGUGACAUUUAAAGAACUACUUUAA